AUGGCCUCUCGGUGGCAGAGCCUGGGGGCCUCCAGGCGCGGGAGAUCGCUCCAGGACCAGAAGCAGCUCAGGGAGAGCAAGGUCCUGCAGCCUGCGGCCAACCAUCUGGAGACCUCCUCCGGGGCCCUGGGCUCCCUGUGCAGGCGGUUCCAAAGGAGGCUGCCCCUGAGGGCCGUCAGCCUUAACCUCGGACCGGGCCCCUCCUGGAAACGCCUGGAAACCCCAGAGCCAGGGCAGCAGGGCCUGCAGGCUGCCGCUCGCUCAGCCGGGAAUGCCUUGGGUGCUGUGUCCCAGAGAAUCCAAGAGUCCUGCCAAAGUGGUACCAACUGGCUGGUGGAAACCCAGAUGAAAGCCAAGAGGAAGAGAGGGGUACAGAAGGGCAGUAGCCCCCCACCCAGCAGCCGGAGCCAGAAGAGCACCCAGCUGUCUGGAGCUGCCCCUGCCCGCUCAGGCCUGGGCCCCUGGCAGAGGAAGAUUCACGGCCUCUCUGCCCAGAUGAACCCACGUGCCCACCCACCAUGGCGGUCGAGGAGGGAGGCUGCCUUCCACAGCCCCUACUCCUUGACAGAGCCCCUGUGCUCUCCCAGCGAGUCUGACAGUGAACUAGACUCUGUGGGGGCAGGAAUGCAGCAUCUCCAGAGGCUGUCCCAUGAGUUGGAUGAGGUCAUUGUGGCUGAAGAUAAUGGCAACCCAACCAUUUCUCUCAUCUGUGACUGA